GUUAGUCGCUCUUGAAAAAAUCGAAAAAUAUAAUAAGUGAAAAAUUAAAUUUAAGUGAAAAACUGAAGAAGUUAAUACAAAGUGAAAAUAAAAUAUAAUUAUAAAAAUAUGUAAAUAAUUCAUAAAUAAUUAUGUGCAGCGAUUUCAAAGUGAAAAACAUCUAAAAAUUUAACAUAACCUUUAAUAAGAAACUAUAUCCAAUUUUUAAGUCCGAACACAUACUCGUUAAGUGCUACAAAAAUGCUUCGAAAUAUCGCACGACUACUUAGAGUACGCCAUCCACGAUCUGUUGUGAAAUUGCUCCUGAUAAUUGCCGUAUAUACAUUUAUUAAUUUCUGCAAAUGGCUGCAUGAGCCAGCUUUAGAUAUGUCAAUGCCUACUGAAAUGCCAUUAAAUAGUCAACCGACAGAUGUUGAAGUCAACGAAUUACUUCCCACCGAAUUUGAGUUACUCAGUGAAAAAGAUGUAAUAGACAAUUGGGUGAUUGAUGAAAACACAAUUCCCCAGAUUUUCAAAGCAAUGGAAGAAAAGUCUGCAUUGCGUCAUACUACCAGUGAAAUUAAUGGACCGGGAGAAUUGGGUAAACCAGUUAACUUACCUGAAAAUUUGACGGAUGAUAUGAAGAAGGCUGUAAAUCAGGGUUGGGACAAUAAUAAAUUCAAUCAAUAUGUAUCCGAUAUGAUUUCGUUGCAACGAACGCUGCCGGAUCAACGAGAUGACUGGUGCAAAAAAACCGAUCAUUAUUUGCAAAACCUUCCUAAAACCGAUGUAAUAAUAUGCUUCUACAAUGAGGCAUGGUCAACAUUGCUACGAACGGUACACUCAGUCCUAAACCGGUCUCCACAAAAAUUGAUUCAAAACAUCAUACUGGUCGAUGAUUUCUCAGAUAUGGCACAUACCAAAGAACAACUGGAUCAAUACUUUGAAAGAUAUAUCAAGGUACGCAUCAUACGCGCAACGAAACGUGAGGGUCUCAUACGAGCGCGACUACUGGGCGCAAGAUAUGCAACGGCGCCGAUUUUGACCUUUCUCGAUUCACACUGUGAGUGUGGCGAGGGAUGGCUGGAGCCGCUACUGGAUCGCAUAGCACGUAAUAACACCACAGUCGUCUAUCCAAAUAUUGCCAUCAUCGAUCCAGUGACCUUCGAGUAUUUCAAUUAUGGUGAUACACUUAUUGGCGGUUUCGAUUGGUCUCUAACAUUUAUUUGGAUUCCUACACCCAGACGUGAGUCCGAGCGCAGGAAUCAUACUAUGGAGCCUGUAUAUUCACCCACAAUGCCUGGCGGUCUAUUUUCCAUUAGUCGUGAAUUUUUCGAACAACUCGGCACUUACGACGCUGGUUUUCUCAUCUGGGGUGCUGAGAAUUUGGAAUUAUCAUUUAAAACUUGGAUGUGUGGCGGUAAGCUGGAGAUGAUACCAUGCUCGCACGUUGGACAUAUUUUUCGGAAAACUUCUCCAUACGCUUCGAAAGGUGUACAACAUAGGAAUUCGGUGCGUUUAGCUGAAGUUUGGAUGGAUAACUACGCUAAAUAUUUUUAUCACAAUAUAAAUUAUGACAAAGGUGAUUAUGGGAAUGUGAAAUCUCGUAUAGCUCUGAGAAAAAGACUUAAUUGCCAAAGUUUUAAAUGGUAUUUGCAAAAUGUAUAUCCCGAACUUGAAAUACCCAAAGAUCCGCUAUCAGCUGGAGAGAUACGAAAUCUAGGCGUUGGCGGUAAUAAAUGUUUAGAUGUGAAUGGCCGCGUUAUGUCGGGACUGCCAGUUGCCGUACAGACUUGUCAUGGUAAUGAAGGAAACCAGCAUUGGUUUCUGACCACUGCUGGCGAGAUACGUCAUGGAAACUUUUGUUUGGAUUAUCCUGGCUCUUUUUUGAUAAUAUAUCGCUGCCAUGGCGAAAAAGGAAAUCAGUACUGGUCUUACGAUACAUUAAAUCGUUUCUUAAGACAAGUCACUUCAACGUUGUGUUUGGCAGUAUCAACGAAUGGAGAAGAUUUGCUUAUGGAUACUUGUGAUCCGGAUAAUAUGUAUCAGAAAUGGCUGCUUGAGAAAUUUGAUAAACCAAUUUAGAUAAAUAUAUAUGUAUAUAUGUUGGG